CAAACAAACCUUUAGAUCUGAAAAUAUCAGCUAUCAAAUGGAAGAAAUCGGAAUAGUUAUCGUCGGCGGCGGAAUCGCUGGUCUCGCCACUUCCCUUGCUCUUCAUAGGAAAGGAAUAAAGAGUGUGGUGUUGGAGAGAGCAGAGAAAGUGAGAUCGGAAGGAGCUGGAAUCGGAACUCUCACUAAUGGUUGGAGGGCUCUUGAUCAACUUGGCGUCGGUGAUCGUCUUCGUCUAACUUCUCGUCUUAUUCACAAGGCACGGACCAUGUUGAUUGAAAAUGGAAAAAAACAAGAAUUUGUGUCAACCCUCGUAAACGAAGCUCGUUGUAUUAAAAGGAACGAUCUUGUUGAGGCCUUAGCCGAUGCUCUUCCGGAAGAAACCAUCCGGUUCGGUUCUCAAAUUGUUUCUAUUGAGGAAGACAAAACUACGUCGUUUCCGGUUGUUCACUUAACCAAUGGAAGUACCAUCAAAGCCAAGGUCUUGAUUGGAUGUGAUGGUGCCAAUUCUAUCGUCAGUGAUUAUUUGCAGUUACACCCGAAAAAGGCUUUUGCUUGUCGGGCGGUGAGAGGGUUUACUAAUUACCCAAACGGCCAUGGAUUUCCACAAGAGGUUCUAAGGAUAAAGCAAGGAAAUAUCUUAAUCGGAAGGCUUCCUUUGACCGAUAAUCUAGUAUUUUGGUUUCUGGUACAUAUGCAAGACAAUAACCACAACGGUAAAGAUCAAGAAUCGAUUGCGAAUUUGUGUCUUAAAUGGGCCGAGGACUUGUCUGAAGACUGGAAAGAAAUGGUGAAAAUAUGCGAUGUGGAGUCAUUAACACUCACACACUUAAGGUACCGUGCGCCGUCGGAAAUCAUGUUUGGGAAAUUUCGUCGUGGGACAGUGACUGUAGCCGGUGAUGCGAUGCAUGUGAUGGGUCCGUUCUUGGCACAAGGCGGCUCAGCGGCGCUAGAGGAUGCGGUUGUUUUAGCUAGAUGUCUAGCUAGGAAAGUGGGUCCGGACCACGGAGACUUGUUAAAGGAUUGUUCGAUGAAAAACAUUGAAGAAGCUAUUGAUGAGUAUGUGGAGGAACGUAGGAUGAGAUUACUCGGGCUUUCGGUGCAGACUUAUUUGACCGGACGUUUGCUACAAACGUCAUCAAAGGUUAUGAGGCUAAUGUUUAUAGCUUUGUUGUUGCUUUUGUUUGGUCGUGAUCAGAUUCGUCAUAGUAGAUACGAUUGUGGCCUUAUGGCGAAUCUAACUCUAGAGCUAAACAUCAACUCCGCAAGUAACCUUUUGAAUGUCAACCUCAUCACCAAAAUGAACGUUUUCGCUGCCAUCACCAUCAACGGCGAGAAUACCCGAAAGAAACAAAAGGCGAAAACCGCUGUUGAUCGCAAUGGUGGAUCUAACCCGACUUGGAAUCAAACCGUCAAAUUUUCCGUUAACGAGAGCUUAGCCCGUGACGGUCAUUCGACAAUUGUCAUGAGAUUAAUCUCUCGUCGAUUCUUAGGCAACAAAGAAAUCGGAAGAGUUAACAUCCCGUUACUUGAGCUUUUGAAUUCAAUCACACCAUCAAUUAACGGUGAUGGUAACGGUAACGAUCAGGAGAUGAAAUUAAUGACGUAUCAGGUGAGAACUUCGUCAGGUAAACGGUCAGGCUCUUUGUCUUUCUCGUACCGGUUUAAAACAAAUUUUCCAGUGGUCACUAACCGGAGUUCUGUACCACCAUCUCAAAUCGAGCAUCAACCUUCGGCUCCACCCGAAUUGCCGAUUGAGUUUCCUAAGCUGUCUCAGCCUCCGUAUCUUCGGAGACAUCCUUUCGCCGCAGGAUCUAGUGGUGAUCUUCUUCCAAUAUCCUAUGGUGCUGUAAUAACAGAGCAAACUGGUCAUGCUAACAAUUACGCGCCACCACCGAGACAAGGAUAUGGACCGUACGGUUAUGUGUCGUCGGGAUAUCGAUACGGAAGUCCAUCGUAUCAACAACGGAAGGAGAUAGGGCUUGGACUUGGAGUGGGAGCCGGGCUUUUGGGUGGACUAAUGGUGGGAGACAUUGUGUCUGAUGUUGCAAAUUGUUAUGAUCUUUGAAUUUUAUUUCAUUUUGUUUUCUCUAAACAAUUUCUUUCCCCUAUUUACAUGAACUUAUCAUAGGUAUGUUGUCUUCUAUUUCUUUUAAAACUUUUUUGUUGUAUUAAUCAAACAAAUAAUGGGAA